UACUCUCAAUCUUCAACUUGACAGCGUUUCUUAUGAUGAAAUGAUAUCGAACUUUUCAUGGCUAAUUAAUGGAGGUCAUUAUAUGCCUACCGAGUGCAAACCAAGAGAAAGUGUAGCUAUUAUAAUACCAUUCCGGGGUAGAGAAGAACAUUUACGGAUCUUGUUGAACAACUUACACCCAGUAUUGUAUCGCCAACAGCUAGAAUAUACUGUUUACAUUGUGGAGCAGGUGGACACGAAACCUUUCAAUAAAGGAUAUCUUUAUAAUGUCGGAUACAUGAAAGCAAAAGAAAAUCAACACACGUGCUUUGUAUUCCAUGAUGUUGACCUAAUCCCCGAGAAUGACCACAUUCUUUACGGAUGCAUGAAGAGUCCAAUGCAUUUAUCUAGAGCGAUAGAUAAAUUCCAUUAUAUUCUGUCUGAUCUGAAGCUAAUUGGAGGUGUAUCCGCUUGGAAAGCAAAAGAGUUUGAAAAAGUAAAUGGUUGGUCUAAUAUGUUUAAAAAUUGGGGCGGCGAGGAUGACGACAUGAGCUACAGAAUAGCCGCCAAUGGUUUAUCAAUCUUUCGCUACCCCAAUUAUAUAGCUAAAUACAAAAUGCUUAAACACAAGCGGACACCUGUUAACACAGCAAGACACAGAAUGUUGGAAGACAGUGCAACGCGAUUUAAACAUGACGGAUUAUCGACCCUUAUUUUUAAUCCUCCUAGAAUUGAAAAACACCAUCUUUUCACUAAAAUAUUAGUUCCUACUUGAAUAAUAAAAUUAAAGGCAACUUAAGAUCACAGAGUCACUCAGGUGACCUAUUGCAAUUCGUCUUCGUUCGUCGUCGUGCGAAAACAAUUUUACAUUUUCAACUCUUUCUUAAAAACGACAAGGCUUAUUGUUACCAAUUUAAGUGUGAAUAAACUCUACGAUGAGAGGAAUUUGAAUCAUGAAUGUAAGGGCUCUACUACCCAUAAGCGACGCCAAAUAC